CUUCACAAUCGGACCUUCCACCGACUUCAACGGCUCGACAAUCUUGCAUACUUGUCAUUGUCUCAUAAUGGCUCAAGCGCUGACAACAGUCGCCUGGCAGACUAGUCUGCUCACUUUCACACUGAGGAUACCGCUGUUUCUCGUAUGUCGGCAUGUUCUACUACGAAGCUUAGAGCAUGACCUGCGAGGCAUGGCUUCAGAGUCGCCGGACUCGAAGCCGGGGGAACAUGCCCAUUCACCCAUGGCCAGCACCUCCAUGCUCGAUUUAGAACUCGACAGCCUCCCACAACCUUUGUCCACCACAAGAGACUCAAGAUCGUUCCUUGGAAGUCGCUCUCGGCCGCUACACUCAAAGCUUGCGCGAGGAUGUUUUGCUGCCAGCUUUUCUGAGAGCUGCACGCUGUUCGCUUUGCUCAUGAUGCAAGGGAUCGAGUUUAUGGAUGCGAGGACAAGACUCGUCAACUGGCGUAUAUCUCUCCUCGUACUUCUCCUAAACAUCCUGGUCUUCGCACCUCUAUCCCUCAGCCUGUCUUUAAUGACACGCUCCUCGUCUGACGCCCAACGCAAGCGGCCAACGCCCAGCCGUAUCGGUUUAGCCUUCACACCCGUCAUUGUCUGCCUCUUCCUCCUCUCUUAUAUCCCCCUCCCGGAGACUCUUAGUAUCUCAACCAGCGAGUUCCUCACGACCGCUCUGGCCCGCCUUGUUGUUCUCGGGACCGUCAUCCUUGGCUUACUGUCUGGUUUUGGUGCCACCAGCAACGCAUGGGCGUUCCUCCCCGCGCUUGCCCGUGUGAAGAGGGAUACUCCGACUGAGGAGGAUGUCAAGGCAGCAACGAGUGCUCUGGAACGUAUCCGCGACGACCUGGCACAACGCAGGGCAGAUAAAGCCAGGACGGAGGAGCCGCAGUCGGAAUCCAGUUGGCUAUCUCGCGUAGUGCCUACACUACGCGGUGAUGACAAAAUGACGAUGGAGAUGCGAGGGCUCGAGACGCUCGAGCAUCAAAUGUCAAGAAACCUCGAUCAGCUACGACAACGUCGAGUAGACGCUGCAUUCUCCAACACGAUCACUGGACGCCUGUUUGGCUGGGGCGGGCGUGCGUUCGUCAUCUACUGUAUCUACCGGACCAUCUCUUGCCUUGUGAACGUUCUCCUUCCUAUCCGCACGCGCUCGUCUUCGUCCUCGACAGACGUCACUGCCCGCCUUCUCCACGCGGCAAUCUCCGUCUUACCCUUCACCAAGAACAUCAGCAUGGACUCUGCGACUGCGAUCUCGCGGCAGAUCAGCCUCGUCCUCGUGGGAUUCAUGAUUAUCAGCAGCAUCCGGCUGGUACUGCGUGGCGUCGUGCGUACUCUGCGGAUGAUUAGCUCGAGCGGCACCAAGGCGGGAUCGGCCAGCCAAAUCCGAAGCAUGGGCACAUCCUUCAUGGUGCUUAUGUUGGCUCAGGUCAUGGGCAUCUACCUCCUCGCGACAAUUGUGCAGAUGCGGACGUCGUUCCCACCUCCGGCAACUCAACCGCAAGCAAGCGCACCGGCGCGGGAUUUCAACGUUUUCUCCACUAUUCCGGAGUUCCAAGUCUUCGGUGCCUUGUUCGACUGGUCCUUCGUGCUUAGCGCCCUGGGGAGCGGAGUUGCGCGAUGGCUGGACGAGAAGGUCAACGGUGCAGAUUAAGCAGGGGGGUUUAGUGGUGACGAUGCAGUGGACAUUGUAUACUAUCUCUCUUUGGCCACGCGGACCGACCUUACUCAGCGGGCUACAUGUAUAAUAAACUAGACCGAAGUCAUGUAUAG